AUGGUGAUGCAAAGCCUGCUUAUACUCAAACUCAUGAAGCUCUCUAGGUUCCCACAGGUUUAUGUAAAAUUCAGUGCUCUAUUCAGGCUAUCAACAACUGGUUUCCCGUAUCAGGACCUAUCUCCUCUCUUAUCUCAACUUGUGUCCCAUUUUGGGGCUAAUCGUGUCAUGUGGGGCAGUGACUUCCCGUUUGUUGUUCUUGAAUGUGGAUACAAAGAAGCCAGAGAAGCUGUGACCAUUAUUGCAAAACAAGCAUCCUUGUCAAGCUCUGAGAUGGACUUGAUUAUGGGAAAGACUGUGAUGCAGCUCUUCCCUGGACAGUGGGUUCUUCCUUCAUAA